UGGAUUCUUCCAUCCUUGAGUUUAAUUUUGGAACAAGUUUUUCCCCGUGAAUUCUGUGCCCUGGCCUGCUACACGAGACUGAUCGUGUGUAACUUUAUUCAUAAUCUGCUUAAGUUUUUUAUGUUUAUAUGUCACUCGUGGGUUUAACUUUCGUCUAUAUUUGAACAUUAGAGGCUUUCAGCAUCAAAUUGCCAUUAGUGGGUUUUAGCAUCAGAUGUAUAGGUUAUCAGGACUGCUGGGUUUCAGUGUGAUGUGUAUAUAUAUGGCCUUAGAAGUAUUGGGUUUGAAUAUCUUGUAUUUAUUCAAUUGUAGACUGUUGGGUAUGGAUAUACUAUGUAUUUCAUUUUAGGAUUAUUCCCUCUGUUUCUUGUCUCAAUUAGGAACGAUCAUUUCAUUAUCACAACUGCAGAGGCUUAUCACUUCUUUUCCACCUCAAGGUUCUGAACUCGGCGUCUCUUCCACCUCAAGACAUGCUAGACAGUAUGGAAACACCUUAUAAUGGAUCGGAUACUAAAGUUGAUAGAGUGGUGAUCGACACAACAGUUCCUUUUGAAUCAGUUAAGGCUGCAGUUAGUAUGUUUGGAGAAAGGGAAAUUGCAGAUAAGAUAUAUAAGAAAAGUCAGGAAAUGCCAGCAGAAAAGUUAUUAAAGGAGACACAACUGCAUAUUCUACAAAAGGAAUUACUUAAGUUCAAGGAACAGCUGAAAUCUGUUAACUCAACAAAAGAUCAAGUACAGGUUGAGUUGGUAGAGGCUAAGAAAGAUGCUGAAGUUUUGUCUCUGAAGUUGGAAAAGACAACAGAAUCAAGUAAAAAGGCCAGUGAUGCUUCUGAAAUUUAUAGGCUUCAUGCAAAAGAACUAGAAGCUUCAAAAGCAGAGGUUUCAAAAGGUAAAAUUACAGAUUGGCAGUCAGAGCUUACUACUGCAAGGAAGGAUCACAUGGCAGUGACAACAGAGUUGGAAGCUGCUAAACAGGAACUUCGAAAAUUGAAGCAAGAGUUUCAAACUAGCCUUGAAGCCAAAGUAUUUGCAGGUAAACAGACAGAAGAUGCAGAGUCUAAAACGAAAAUAAAUUCACUUAUGGCAGAAAAGCUUGCAAAGGAGAUUAAUGAAGUUCAGAAAACUCAUAUUGAUGUUAAACUGGCAUAUAUGGAAGCACAGAAAGAAAAAAAAUUGAUCACAGCUGAAAGGGAAGGGGGAACACAGAAAGCUUCUCCAGUUGUAGAACAAAUUAGAAAACAGAUUGUUGGAUUUACUCAAGAUCUCACUAAUAAAAAGAAUUCGGAAAAGGAAUUGGCUAACACAUCAGCUGCAUUGGAGAAUUUGAAAAGUGAACUCAAUUUUGCAAAAGUGAAGGAGUUUAACAUUUGUACUGAUGCUUCCCAUCCCAUCAAAAAGCUUAAAAACAUGAUGGAAGAGAUUGAGACUACACAUAAAAAAGAACUAGACACCCUUUCUAUUCUGGAAACAAGAAACUCUGAGCUUGCACAGGCAAAAGAGCAUCUCAAAAAAGUUACUGAAGAAGGAUGUGCUUUAAGGACUUCUAUGGAUUACCUAAAAGCAGAGCUAGAGAAAACAAAGGUUGAAUUGGCCGCACUAAAUGAGGUAGAGGCACGAACUGAAGCAAAAGCAGCUGAUCUGAAUUCUGAACUUCAUAGAGCAAGGAUUAAAUUGGAACUUGCAAUUACUGCUGAAGCAAAGGUGAAAAAUGAGGCUUCAUAUCUUUCUUUAACUAUUGAAAAUCUUAUUGCAGAAGCUGAAGAGGCCAAGAAGGAUUCUGAAUAUAUGAACAAGGAAGCAAGCAAAGCCAAACUGGAAACUGAGCAUGCGAAGGCAGAGAUGGUUACCAUUAAUAGUAGAUUGGAAGCUGCAUAUAAGGAACUUGAAGAAGCUAAGGCUGCUGAGGCUAUAGCUGUAAAAAACACAAAUGAUCUAUCGGAAAGAGAAAACACUGCUCAAGCUUCUAUUUCAGAAUCUGAUGCUGGGAUUACUAUUUCACUUUCUGAAUUCAAUUCACUCAGCAGAAAAGUAGAGGAAGUUGACAGCCUUGCAGAUAAGAAGGUGGCUGCUGCCAUGGCCCAAAUAGAUGCAAUAAAAGCAGCUGAGAAAGAAAUAUUAAUGAAACUAGAAAUAGCAAAUCGAGAGAUUGAAGAUCUCAAGACAGAUCAACAAAAAGAACUGCAUAAGGCAGAGAUGGCAACGGCAGCUAAAAGAGCAAUUGAAAGUGAGCUAGUAAGAUGGAGAGAACGUGAAGAGAAGAUGUCUGCACCUCUUAGGACAUCUGACUUCCUAAUACCUACAGAAGAUAACAUUUCAGUGUCUUUCGUAGAAAGAAAAAUGUUGGAUUCUGAACCCUUAGUGAAGAAGCUGAAUGUGAAUGAUCCAUCAAAACUGCAGGACAGUUUCUGGUCAGGAACCCUCUCUUCAAAGAAGAAGAAGAAGAAGAUGCAGAUGAUCCCAAGUAUAAGACGUCUGUUUACUAGAAAGAGAAGGUAUGGGGCACUUACAUUUUGAUUUAUUUUUGUAGCCAAGGGUUCACAAAGAUUAAAUAAAUAUUUUAUCUAUGCAUGUACCAUCUACCCUUUUUGUUACUGGAUCUUCUAUCAAUUUUUGCUCCUUGUAUAUGGGGAAUCGUAAGUACAUGUUACUUUCAUAAAGAUUUUACAUUAUGUGCAAUAGCUAAAUAUCUGAAUGAUUCUUACAAAAGUCAUAUUUGUAAGCCCUCUGUUAUGUUUAUCUUGAAAUCUACUUAAACCAUGUAAAAAAGCCUUUCUUGCAAAUUUAUGUACCCCAUGAAUUCAGUUGAUUCAUGGAUUGA